AAGCUGCAGUGGCCCGAGUGGGCGGCGAAUGUGAGUGAAAGAGACGGAGAGAGACGUUUGAAUAGUUGCUGAGGCGGAAAUAUAGAAAUUGAGAAACUGUUCAGUAAAACAUAAUAUUUUACAAGACGUUAAUUCCGCAUCAAACUAUCCGUGUUAUUUCCAUUGGGAAGUACAUUCCAGAAAGAAGCGUAGCAAGCCGGUGUUAGCUAGCUAGAGGACGCGCGAGGUGAAUCGACUCCCCCUUUUUCUCGGUGCUAACGAGCUAGCCAACAAAACAUAGUAACGUUAGUAAUCCAAUCCCGAUCAACGAAAGAUUCUCGCUUGGUGCGUAUCGGAUAGAUCCCGAGUCACUUCAUUGAAUGAGGACUGACCUCCCUCUGCAGGUUGACCAUGGUGCUGACAGGGAAGCGGUCUGAGAAGGGACCAGUGUGUUGGAGGAGAAGGGUGAAAUCUGAGUACAUGAGGUUACGCCAACUCAAACGUUUCAGACGGGCUGAUGAGGUCAAGAGUAUGUUUAACUCUAACCGUCAGAGGAUACUGGAGCGGACAGACAUCCUGAACGCUGAGUGGAAGACCAGAAGGAUCCAGCCCGUUCACAUCAUGACAUCUGUUAGCUCCUUACGAGGGACCAGAGAGUGCACGGUGGACAGUGGUUUCUCUGAGUUCUCCAAACAGGUGAUACCUCUGAAGACGCUCAACGCUGUAGCCUCUGUCCCUGUCAUGUACUCCUGGUCCCCGCUACAGCAGAACUUCAUGGUAGAAGACGAAACUGUUCUCCACAACAUCCCUUACAUGGGAGACGAGAUUCUGGACCAAGACGGAACCUUCAUAGAAGAACUCAUCAAGAACUACGAUGGCAAAGUUCACGGAGACAGGGAGUGCGGCUUCAUCAAUGAUGAGAUCUUUGUGGAGCUGGUGGGUGCCCUGACCCAGUACAGUGACAACGAUGAUGAGGAUGAUGAUGAAGAAGAGCAGGAGUUUAAGCUUGAGAAGAUGGAGCUCUGUGAGGCGAAGGACCACCUGGCCGAGGACCCCCGAAAGGAACCCCUGAUCAACACUGACAGCCAAGGCAGCAGUGACAGCUCUAAGAAGUUUCCGUCUGAUAAGAUCUUUGAAGCCAUCUCCUCAAUGUUCCCUGAUAAGGGCUCAACAGAGGAACUUCGAGAAAAGUACAAGGAGCUGACAGAGCCCCAGUUGCCUGGUGCGUUGCCUCCAGAGUGUACUCCUAACAUGGACGGUCCCAACGCUCGCUCCGUUCAGAGGGAACAGAGUCUACACUCCUUCCACACACUCUUCUGCCGACGCUGCUUCAAAUACGACUGCUUCCUGCACCGUGAGUCCUUCCAUGCGACUCCUAACACCUAUAAGCGUAAGAACAUGGAGAAUCUGGUGGACAGUAAACCCUGUGGUGACGAGUGCUACAUGUACCUGGUGCAGGAUGGAUUGGUGAGGGAGUAUCCUGACGGCAUGGCAACCGAGAGGUCCAAAACCCCUUCCAAACGCCCAGUGAGCCGUCGCCGGGGACGACCCAUUGGCAACAGCCGGCCCAGUACACCAACAGUCUCCACCGACACCAAAGACACGGACAGCGAGCGGGAGGGGAAAGACGACGAUAAUGACGAUGACGAUGAUGAUGAUGAUGACAAGAAGGACGAGACCACCAGCAGUUCAGAGGGUAACUCACGGUGCCAGACUCCAGUGAAGUUGAAGCUGACGUGUGACCCUCAAGUUGUUGAUUGGAGCGGAGCCGAGGCUUCACUCUUUAGGGUUCUCAUCGGAACCUACUACGACAACUACUGCGCUAUAGCACGGCUCAUAGGAACCAAGACCUGCAGACAGGUAUAUGAGUUCAGAGUGAAGGAGUCGAGUAUCAUCGCUCGCGCUCCGGCUGAGGAUGAAGACACGCCCCCUCGCAAGAAGAAGAGGAAACACAGGUUGUGGGCCACUCACUGCAGGAAGAUCCAACUGAAGAAAGAUGGUUCGUCCAACCACGUGUAUAACUACCAGCCAUGUGACCACCCCCGCCAGCCCUGUGACUCCUCCUGUCCCUGUGUCACUGCUCAGAACUUCUGUGAGAAGUUCUGCCAGUGCAGCUCAGAGUGUCAGAACCGUUUCCCAGGCUGCAGGUGUAAGGCCCAGUGUAACACUAAACAGUGUCCGUGUUACCUGGCGGUCAGAGAGUGUGACCCUGACCUGUGUCUGACCUGCGGAGCCGCUGAACACUGGGACAGCAAGAACGUCUCCUGUAAAAACUGCUCCAUACAGAGGGGAGCCAAGAAGGUAACACACACACACACACACUUGAUAUCAGUAGCUCACUCUUGUGAUUUUUUUUUUUCUCCUCCCCCCCCCUCUCAGCACCUGCUCCUAGCUCCGUCUGACGUAGCAGGCUGGGGCAUCUUCAUCAAAGAGCCAGUUCAGAAGAAUGAGUUCAUCUCUGAGUACUGUGGGGAGAUAAUCUCCCAAGAUGAGGCAGAUCGCAGAGGGAAGGUCUACGACAAAUACAUGUGUAGCUUCCUCUUCAACCUCAACAACGAUUUUGUGGUGGAUGCUACGAGGAAAGGAAACAAGAUUCGUUUCGCCAACCAUUCCGUCCACCCCAACUGCUAUGCAAAAGUGAUGAUGGUGAAUGGGGACCACAGGAUAGGGAUCUUUGCUAAGAGAACCAUCCAGACUGGAGAAGAGCUCUUCUUUGACUACCGGUACAGUCAAGCAGAUGCUCUGAAGUACGUCGGCAUCGAGCGGGAAUCAGAGAUGCCAUGAUCCCCUCUUCUACCUCUAGAUCAAAGGCCUUACGCACGCACGCUCUUCUCUUCAGGAAACACAAACGACUCAUUGUCGGAAUCCUGGGGUGCUUCAAGAAUUCUGGGAAGUUUAGACUUUUUUCCCACUUUGAAUAGUUUUUCUACCAACAAAUCUUCCUGUUCAGAGUCAUGUAGGACUCAUUGCUAUGGUCACUAGAACGGUCUUUCCUCAAUUUACAGCUAACUAACACAUAAACAGGUCUUAAUAAAUCCACUGCGGGGAUCUCUUUAGCUCUGUUACUCUUUUUAUACUUGAUCCAAAUCCAUGGACACAUUGACUCAACCAUAACAAGUGGUUGUUGAACAUUUUACUUAGCCCCUGACUACCAGCUAGACUAAAUGCAGGUUAAAAACAUAUGUGACUGACUUUUUCCCCCUAGCCAGUGUCCAAACCCCUUAGCCUCAGACCCCACAGACCCACUCUUGAACGCCCGAACACUGUUUUGAGACUAUAGCCUGAUAUCUGAGGUGACAGUGUACGAUGCAUGUUGACCAGCAGCACUACCUGUUUUUUUUCUUUCUCUGACUUCUGGUUUAUUCCUAAAACUAUAUUCUGUCUUUAAUUUCUUCAAGUUUUGAACAUUUGAUGACCAUUGACCACCUGAGGCAUGCUUUGAUACAAUCUCUAUUCUAGAUGGUGCUAACUAAGACGGUGUGAUGUUUUGUAAAUGCCCCCAGGUAUCCACUUCUGCUGUGCCUUGAAUCUCGUCGUUAGAACACUGAAUAGUCACUUGAUUAGAGCCCUUAAGUGUUGAUUUAUUGAUAAAGAUGUAUCCUCAAUCUGGUUAAUGCAUGAUGAUGAAAGCUUCCAUGUUUGUAGUCCCGGGAAGACCUCACUGCUACUAUAAUCUAGUGAUGCCUGGUGCUUGUGAAUACUGCAGACUUGAACCAGCCUUGAAUAAUGUUAACGUCUUCACCUGCAGUGGGACGAACUGCUCCGAUUUAUCUCCUGUUUUUACUGUAACUUUGUCAACUUUUACCAGCAACUGAGGGAGAGCUCUGUAAAGACCUACAGACAGAUCUAGAUGACUGACGGUUGUGUUUAGAUGGAAGUCAGGAGCCGAUCUCCUUUAAGUAGUUUGUUGCUCAUGUUAGUACAGGGGUGGGGAACUCUGGUUCUUGGGAGAUCCAUUGAUUCAAUGUCACAGCUUACACCAGGUCUAAAUCGGUCUGACUGGAAAACCAGCAGAUACAGCAGCUCGAGGACAAGUAUCUCACCCAUCUGUUUAGGAUGUAUACUUCCUGAGUUGUAGAGCCAGCUGGCGUCCAGUGGGAUUGGACAUUACAGAAUGUUCAUAGAAAUAUAGGCCUACUACAUAGAACAGCGGUGCUUCUGUCAAGGAAUAGGGAAACUGCUCUAUACAAAUGAUAUAUUGACUGUUGUGUAACGUUUCCUCCAGUUGUCUAGCCGGGACCACUACUGUCUGACUUCCAAGGUGCUGAUUUUUACUGUCUUUACAGGGAGUAUUGUUCAAAGUGAUCCAGAAUAAAAUGAGAAAAUGAAGGUG